AUGGUGUUGAAGCGAACUUUCGAAAAAGAUGUUGCUUCCUGGUUUAUUUCUCCUGUAUUAUCUGGUACAGUUUCUGUCCUGAUAUUUAUUAUCAUUCGCCAUUUAAUACUUAAAAAGGAAAACCAACUAGAUGUGGGCCUUAUGUUUUUACCCUUUAUUUAUGCAUUUACGAUAUUUGUGAAUGUGUUUUCUGUGGUGCAUGAUGGACCAAGUGUACUAAAACUUGAUGAAAUCUACUGGUGGGGUGCCUUGAUCAUUGGUUUAGGUACAGCAUUUAUCACUGGGAUUGUAGUAAGGUGCUUUGUUGUGCCUCGUCUGAGGAGAACUAUCCUUGAGAGCUUGGAAGCAAACACCAACAACAUAUCACUGAAAGUUAUAAGGGAGGAUGGGUUUCAGGUUUCAGAAGACAGUCAGUCGAUAAUGAAUGGAAGCAGUGUUAUGCUGAAUCAUCCGUCCAGUCAAAACUUGAUUCAAGAAGAAGAAAAGGCCAAAAACAAUGAUUUGAAAAGUGCUGACAAAUUGAAUGGCAUUGCUGAAAUCAUAAAGAAAAAAGAGUGCCAUUCACUGAGUUACCAGUACCAACCUGCAGAUGAACAAUAUAGUAAUGGAACAGGAGAGCAGGAGGUGAAACCAAGUGAUUCAAUAGAAUCUGUUCAGGAUGACAAGGCAGAAACUCGCCGUCUCUUCUCUUUUCUGCAGAUUUUAACUGCUGUUUUUGGAUCCUUUGCACAUGGAGGAAAUGAUGUCAGCAAUUGCUUUGGACCACUAGUAGCUGUGUGGCUGAUUUUUCUAGCAGGAGAUGUCCAGCAAAAAGAACAAACUCCUAUUUACCUUCUUGUAUAUGGAGGAGUUGGAAUCAGUCUGGGGUUAUGGAUCUGGGGACGAAGAGUAAUGAAAACUCUAGGAGAAGACCUCACGAAGAUUACUCCAUCCAGUGGGUUCACUAUUGAAAUUGGUGCAGCAGCAACUGUUCUCCUGGCAUCCAAAACUGGCUUCCCUAUCAGCACUACUCACUGCAAGGUGGGCUCAGUUGUAUUUGUGGGCUGGACACGGAUGCGGAAAGGAGUGGACUGGAAGUUGUUUCGCACCAUCAUUCUCGCUUGGGUGCUUACGUUACCCGUGACUGCUGGACUUUCUGCUACCUGCAUGGCUAUUUUCUAUGGUCUUAAGAUUGUGUGAAGUUUCUUGUAUAGUUUGUGAGUUUAUUAAAGUUUGUAAAGUUAUGUUAAGGAAGAAAAACAUUCAGAUGUUUGUUCAAUGAUAAUUAAAAUAAACAUAUUUUCUUAACAAUAACAAGACAAAUCUCACACACACAAGUGGAGAUACACUUAUUUUGUAUACUGCUCUCAGAUAACAGUUUCUUUAAAUCUUUUGUGAAACAUUGUUUUAAAAACAAUAUACACUUGUAUCAUUACUUAAUGAAUACACGUUUCCGUCUAAAGUAAGAUAUAAAGUUGGUGCUGACAAUAUUUGACUGAAAUUACCGAUAACUUAAAAAGUCUUCCAAUAUCUUAUUUACUGCCAAAACAAAUAACAACAUGUAUUACACAUCUAUAGGAAAUUUAGUGAUUUUGAGCUUUAUCCAAAGAUGCAAAAAUAACUUUUUAAUUCUAAAAUAGAAAGGUAGUUUUGGAAAGUAAUUAUUACAUUUUUUGAACAAUUUACAUUCUGUCAGUUACUUGUACUGAAAAGAAAAUAUUAACCCUUUUUAAAAGAAAAGAAACACUCUUAAAAAUAAAAUUUUUUUUUUGAAUAUUGCAUCUGAACAAGCCCAAAGUUCUCACUAUAAGAAUACUUUGAGCACAGGGAAGAUAUGUGAUUGUAAUUAAGUUUGGCUUAAAAUUGAAGUGUCAAUUUAAUAAACAUGUUGGGAUUGAAAAUUAAAUAAACAAAUAUGAGUUGCUUUGUAGAAGAAAGUAAAAUAAAUAAAAAAUUACUGAUAUCA